UAAAUAGCGCGUGACUCGCAGCAGAACGCUCUUGCGAUUCGGCCGGGGGCAGAGUUACGUUCUGUCAGAUUACGUUGGAAUAUCUCUUAGUUCGCACUGUUCGCAACCUUGGCUUCGAAUUUAUUACCUUAUUUCCUCCUAGAAGCAGCCUGAUCUUUGCACAGAAUCCUUAUCACUCCUAUCAGAAAAACGACGAGAAAUGGCUCGAAGGAUCACUGGAAUUAUUUACCAACAAGAUACCGGCAUUCAACGUAUUAAUUCUCGUGACAUGAUUUGCAGUGUAUUGUUCGAUGCGUGCAACGUUCUAUAUUAGAUAACUAACGAGAAUGACAGUUACUAUUGAUUCUGUGAUAUAUCUGUGUUUUGUGGCGAUUCUUUGGGGAGUAACCAAUCCAUUUAUAAAGAAAGGUGCACAAGGUUUAGAAGAUAUCAGGGCCAAGUCAGUUUAUGGACAAUUUUUUAAGGAGCAGUUAUUUCUCAUUACAAAUCUGAAGUACAUCGUGCCAUUUCUCCUUAAUCAAUGCGGUUCGGUACUGUACUUCUUGACUCUGCAAAGUAGCGAUCUAUCCCUGGCUGUGCCAGUUUCAAAUUCUCUUACCUUCGUAUUUACUGCGAUCACAGGCUGGUUCCUGGGCGAGGAAAAAGUGCAUAGAAAUACUUAUCUGGGAAUGAUACUUGUGCUGUGCGGAACCAUGUUAUGUUGUUGGGACAAACUGAAUAAAACUGUGGAAUUAUGAUUUGUAUAUUUAAGACGACGAUCAUUAAGCACGCAUCGUUAUCCUUCCUUUUCCUGUUCAUCCAUACUACUUGCCGAUUAAUCCACAUCCAUCCUGUGUAAUGUGAGUACCACAAUGAUUAACACAAUGAAUUGAAAUUCUUCUAAUAAAGCAAAGUCACGAUA